UCAAUCACUGCGCGCUAUCAUUCGUACAUGUGUGACGUUUGUGACGUGAACGAAGCAUGCAGUCAGUCACAAGAACACCACUGACAUUAGUCGGUCUCACCACAUCGAACCAAACGCGCGUGUGUAACGGCCACUUUUAAUCUAUUCAGAAAAAUAUAAUCACAACAAAAUUAAUCUGGCAGGUUCUAUGAUAAUUCGCACAGAGCAAAGGAAGGUGAAUGUGAAAUUGUGUUCGUUAAAAAACUUGAAAAAGAAUCUUUGAAAGUUUUACAAAGUGAAAAACGAUAAGAUAAAGUAAAGAAUACAAUAAAUUGUUAUCGAGUUCCAGUGAGGGUGCAGUCCGUGCAGUGUUUUAGUGCAAAAAUUGCGACCUUCCUUUCUAAUUGAGCAUUUUGUAACAUGUCGCAAUCUUCGAAACUCUACUUGAAUUUAUUCAGUUUCGCUAACGUUUCGUAGCGUUUUGUAAACAUUGUGUUAUUUGGCGUCGCGACAAUAAACGCUUGGAUGAUGGGACGCCGAUCUGAGAUGGCCACCCCCGAUAACAGCGACGAAGAAAGCGGAGACGCUUUCACCGACGGGGACUUCGAGGACUCCGGCGACGAAACCGUUGUCGAAAAUAACAAAUCUCAUAUACCUGUUAAUGACACUAUCAAUGAAGAAGUCAAGAAUGGUCAAUAUGUAGAAGAGAAUACUCCAAAAGUUAACGGCCACAAUAGUCAGAUGACGCCCUUAGAAGGUCCAGUCUUAACAGAUGUGCGCCGAGAUUCCUACGCUGAACAAACACCUUCGAUUGUUGGCAUCCUAGGAGAUCAACAUAAUCAUGCGGAACAGCGAUUAGCGGCGCGACGGGCGGCGCGGGCGGAAGCGCGGGAGAUCCGCAUGCGAGAGUUGGAGCGACAGCAACGCGAACAAGAGGACCAUGCCGAUAAAGCUUUCGAUAUGUAUACGGAGUCGGUGGGGAGGCGAACGGGGAGUCGUCUGGCGGCGCUUAGUCCCGCUGGAGUGCACUCACCGAGACGCAGCUCCGAGGACUCCGCUGAUGACGGGUUCAACGUCAAAGACCUCAGGCACGAGCUGAAAGAAGUCGAAGAGAAGUUCCGCAAGGCGAUGAUACUGAACGCCCAGCUGGACAACGACAAGGCGGCGCUCGGCUACCAGCUCGAACUGCUCAAGGACAGAAUCGAGGAGCUCGGCGAGGAGUACGCGCAGCUACAGCGCGAACACAAAGAGAAGUGCUCGACGCACGAGCGUUUAAAACGCGAGCACGCGUCCGUGGAGCGCGAGCUGGAGGCGGCGAGGGCGGCUAUACGCGCGCGGGACGCCGCCGCCGCCGACGCGGGCUUCGCGUUCGUGGAGGCCGCCGCGCCCCCCGCCCCGCCCCGCGCCGCGCCCGCCGACCCGCCCCCCGACCCCGCCGCCCCCGCACCCCUCCUCGCGCUCGUCUCGCACGCCGCGCAUCAACUGCUCGAUGACGUCGGAGAGGGAACGCUUGAUGUCCGGUUACAGAAGCUGGUGAGCUCGAAGCAGGCGCUCGAGUCCGAAGUGCGGAAACUGAAGAUCCAGCUGAACGAAGAGCGCGCCGCCAGACAGAACGGGGUCGCCAACCAUCACGACCAGGAGUAUGAGGACGAAUUGGAAACCCUGCGGAAGUCUGUGUCGGAGGCUCGCGGGCGGGCGGCGCGCGCGGAGGCCGAGGCCGCGCUGCAGGCCGGCGGCGCCGCCCGCCUCGCCGCGCAGCUGGCCCGCCUGCGCGCCCGCCAGGACCAGCACGACCAGCUCGAGGACCAGCUCAACCAGGAGCGGAGGAGGCUGCAGCGCGAGACGAGGGAAGCGUUGAACCGCGUUGAGGAGUUGGAGACCGAGAACAGUCACCUCACGAAACGUCUCGACAAACUGAAGAACGCGAAGUCUGCGCUGCUCAAGGACCUGUGAGGCGCGCGACGCUUCACGCCGACCGCGUUGUUCGGAAUACGACAUUUAAACUAAAUUGAACUUUAUAAUGUGCAACGGAAAGGAGGUAAUCAAUUGAACCGACAUGGAAUUCGAAAAAGUAUUCAUUAAAUGAAACUACCGUCAAUGUAUAUAGCGCCACUCGACUACCGCGAUCUGCAACACACCCGGAGAUCCUGCGUAAUACACUGCGUGUGAGGGUUUUGUACGACUUACAUUGCUGGCUCAUCAAGUAUACUGAAAAUAUACCUGUAUAACUCAGAUUUUAGUGUAGUGAUACAUUGCGUGUGGCUUCGGGACCUCGCGACCACGAAGACAAAGGUUUAUUCACCCACGUAAUAUCCUCUUAGUCGACGCCUUACCUCAACACAGCAUCCUGAAGAUAAUCGCCUCUCUAAUUUAAGAUGAUCAGUCGAAUCCAGAUAUGUGUUAAGUGAACAGAUGGGCUCAUACUUGAACACUCUACGGUCUGUAUGUUGAAAAUAAACAUUUACAAAAGUUGGAAAUAUGAAAUUUAAAUUCUCGAUACCGGGCUGUACUUUUUUGCAAAUACCUACGAAUAAUUCAGGAGUAAUAUGUUUUUUAUGGUUUAGAAUAAUUAAACAAUUUCGUUUCUCCAGUGCUCACUUAAUUUCGUUUUAAUCAUUAUUGUUCUAUUGUAAAGUUUUAAGAAGAAAAAAAUAACAUAUAUUAUUUUAUUAUUUACGUCACUAUUUGAUGCGCAUUUUUAAUUUGCUCGUAAAUACUUUUUUGUUUUUAUUUAUUGCACUGUUGAGCGAAAGAGGUUACGGUUCGCCUCUUGUUCGAUGGCAACAGUAGUCCACGGACAUCACUACGUGAAUUCCGGCGUCCACCUUGAGACGUGAGCUCGUAGUCUCGAUUGCAUUGUAUAACGAUUGUAUCGACCUACGAACCGAAACACAUGACUGCUUCGCGGUAGAAAUAGGCCGAAUUGUGGUACCUAACCGCGCGGGCUGAUAGGCCACUGCUGGGAGGAGGGUUACCGUAUUUUAACAUUCGUUUUAAAAACUUCCUAGUUCGCCGAUUCGGAAUACUACAAUUAACAAAUAAUUCAAGACUUUUCUCUUUCUAUUAAGUCAAUAUUUCUUAAAUCCACAAUGUAAAGCAAAAAGGAAACGUCGGACAUUGACCCCACUCGUCAGCUCUGUGUUGUGGGUAUAACAUUGAGUGCAGUGAAAAAUGUAGAGAAAUAUCGAGGGGUAAAAGCUAUUUGGUUUAAGCGACAUUUCGCUGAAUACGCUGCAUUUAUCGUUGUAAUUAUAGGUCCCUUUAUUUAGUACUAGCUGACCCGGCAGACUUCGUAGUGCCUCAAUCGAUAAAUAAAAGACACAUCAAGGGGAUACAUCAAAGGAAAAACAAAAUUGUUUGUUUUUAUAUAAUUUCGAGCUUUUUUAUAUUUUCUCACCUUCCCUGGACUUCCACGAAUAAUUCAAGACCAAAAUUAGCCAAAUCGGUCCAGCCGUUCUCGAGUUUUAGCGAGACUAACGAACAACAAUUCAUUUUUAUAUAUAGAGAUUAUAGUUGAUACUAACAAUUCGAUGUUUUUAAUUGAACUUUAAUUAAGUUUAUUGAAUUCAAAUAUGUAGGUAGUUGAAGAUUUUUUUUUGUUAUGAUUUUUUUCUAAAUAAAAAACUUGUAAUGUCUCUGGUGCAAUGUUGCAAAAAUAUCGCUGAAACCAAAUGGCCUUUCACCUAUCGAAUUAUUAUUUUUCGAUCGCGAAAUAGCGUUUUAUCUGAUCGGAAUUUCCCCUGCACCAGAUAGUAUUAUUAUUUGAGUCAGAAGAUAUUAUGUAGUUAAGAGAACCAGUCAGUGAAGGUGAGAGAAAGUAAUAUGUGACUGUUUUAAAAGUCAAGUUUAUUGUUCAUCGGGUGUAGAAAUAUAUUUUGUAUCUUAUAAGUCUCACUUCGUCUGCAAUCAGACUUGCAGAAUAGAAUAGAAUUGCAUUAAAGUACAAUUGAGAUUUCGACCUCAUGUCUCAAGGUGCGCUGUCAGCCCGUCUCAUAAAAUAAAAGCUCUGUAUAGUUUAUUGCUUAAAUAUCAAGUGUAAAGAUAUUGGCUUAUUGCGAUGAGGGAGCGGAAGCAAGACGAUGACAUUCCGAAACUGUCAUUGUCAAAUAAAACAAAAUGGCGUCACACCCAAUCGUAUCUUGUAAAUUAUAAUAUUUGUUUAUAUAUCGUAUUCAAUUUGUAAAUGAUAUGGUAUUUUUUUAUUUUGUAAAAUAUUAAUUAGUAACAACAAAACAUGUAUUACAUAAUUAAUUUAUUACGUAUUUCUAUUGCGCGUAUUUUAGAUUAGAUAAGUAGUAUGUUUUAAAAAUAUUUUUAGCUUGCCUCAUUAUGUAUCUGUGCGCUUUUUUUUUUUAAAUAACUAACCUGUUUCAUUGGAAUACUUGCCAUUCGGUAUCACAAAUUUUAGGAAAUAAGCUCUUUAAUAAAUAAAUAAAAUUUAAUAUCGGGCGAGAAGCAAUUUUUGUCACAUUCGCAUCCAUAACAAGGAUUACCGGUUCUAAGCGGGCCCUUGGACUUUUUCGCUUUUCAGUUAUCAAUCAUCUUAAUAAACUAUAAUAAAAUGUUUAUCAUUACUGAUAAUGUUGUGAAUUGAAUGACGGUAUAAUUUAUAGGGGUAGAAAUACAAGUUACCGAUUUUUACCACUUUAGUUUUACAAGAUGAAGUUUUCUUGUAAAAUUGACAAUCGUAUAACUUCUGCCAUACGACAGCGCCUCGCGAUGGUAUAAACGCUCCCAUAAAUGUUUGCUCAAAAUUUUUUAUCCCUAAUAUUUAUUGUGAUGAUAUUAUCGCUUGAAUGUGACGUCCAAUAUUUGUAGGUUUUAGGGCACGUGUGUUGUAUUUCUUGGAAACGUUUAUAAUUUAUAGUUACCACACCCGCUUAUUGUGUUGGGAAUGUGUUUGUUAAUUUAAUUCUUGAAUGCAUAAUGUUUACAUAUUUGUAGUAGGAAAUUACGGUAAAGCUUUCAAACAAAAAUCAAGUUAUUUUUGGUGAUUUUUCGGACACGACUAUAGUAGAAUCAUUUUGUCCGUGCAGUUUGGGUCAUAAAAGAUAGCCCGGCUAGGGCGGUGAGCAUGUUGCGCGGGCGCAACGCCAUUAUCGAUAAAAACAAAUGAGUCAUCAUACACGGCGGCUGGGUGGUAUACGAAGGGUGGUGAGACAUUGUUAUGUUAUGAGUCGUUUGUUGUUCCUACCUGCAAAUUAUAGUACAUAUGUUGAAGAGAAAUGUGAUUUUGUGCAUUCACUCUCUAAAUUUCUUUAGUAACAUAAUGGCUACUCCUUUGUUUUGUACCAAAACGGCAGAAUUUAUCCAAAUAUUUUGCUUGUUGGCAAAAAUAUACCAGUACAAGCACGUGUUAUUAUCAACAAUGUGUUAAAAACUUUCACUGAAAUGAGAAUAGUUCCCAAAAAGUUACAAAGUGUUAAUGUCUGCCGUUCUCGUUAACUUGCUGCGGCGAUAUGUGGUGUAAGUGUUCGAUUAGUGAUUUUUUCUUUCAUUUUUAUCACUAACCCACAAAAGGACAAAACUAAAUACAUUAUCGAUAACGCUUAUCGACAACAAUAAUGCGCAUCACUAUGCCCGUCCAUAAGGCUCGUGAGUGGAAGAGAGAGCGAAAUACUCGCUGCACCGCUCCGAUUCUUUAUGACCCAAACUGCACGGACAAAAUAAUUCUACUACAGUAAAUAUUAUUGAUGUAUGAAAAACUUGAGUACGUAUUUAAUGGUUCAAAUGAAAUAGUGUUACUGGCCAACCCUAAUGAUUUUUUUUUAAAUUUGUAAUUUGCAAUUAAGUUUGGCUGAUUGUCCUUUUAAUAGGAUAUUCUCAGUGACGUAUGUGCCAUGCGCGACAGACGUAAGAGUAAGUGUAUGUGAGUAAAGCAUUCUAUUGCGAGGUUAUAGACGUUGUGUAUCGUAGUUAUUGUAAAAAUAUUUUUUUUUUUUUUAUAACGUUUUGAUUUGGUAUUCAAAACAAUCGAUGAAAGAUUAACCUUUUGCAUCUCCGUUUUAAUAGAUUAAGAAUAAUAAGAUAGUCAGUUGGUACUAAUGUUUACACGAUUUAAAUAAAUAUUAAUUUCAAAGUGAACGAUUGUGUAUAUUACGUAAAUGUAGAUUAUCUCAGAUAAAAUUUAAACGACAUUAAGCGAUAUCACUUAAAAAUUAAAACUUAAUUUAUUUUACAGCCCCAUCAUAUAAGUGUCAAAGUUAAAGUGGUAUAAUCAUUAUAAAUUUUGGUGUUGCCCACCUCGUGAACAUAAUGUGUAGUCUUAUUUUUUAAGUACGAAUAUUAUUUGUAAAGUUGUAUGUAUUAUGGUGCUGCGCAUUACUAAUUUAUUACGUUUUUUUUUUUUGUUGUUUAAUUUAGGAUUGACCAAUUGUCUCCGAAGCGAACAGAUAUAUGUAUAAAUUUUGAAUUAUUUUAAAAUAAAGUAUGCUGUGGAA